AUGAAUUAUAGCUUGAUUACAUUUACCGGGUUCAUCCUAUGCGUUUUGUCAGGACUGGUUCUCAGCCAAAGGAGAUGCCGCAAUCCGAAUAAUAAAGAAGGUUUGUGCGUCCAAUACCGGAACUGCCCAUUCGUACAACAUGUUCAUAAAUUGUACCAAGAUCACAUACCUAAACGCAUUAUUACUCAGCUCACGUUGAUGCUCAUGCAGUGCCCUGCCUCUCCGAAUCUUUUCUGUUGCCCAAUCCAGGCGCCAUUUCAAAGAAUAGAAAUGCGAAUGGAGGACAGUAGACUGAGCCACUAUGACCAGGCUGGCCUUAAACUUCUGCAGUCGGUAAAAAACUGCGGUAACAAAAGCAAUCCCAAGGUCAGCGGAGGAAGAAAAGCCAAGCCUGGUGAAUUUCCCUGGAUAGCGUUGCUCAAGUACGACAAGGACCCAAAAGGAGAGAUUAUCUGCGGCGGGAGCCUCAUCAGCGAAUGGCACAUCCUGACCGCCGCCCACUGCAUCCUCAAUCGUCCUCAAGUGACCGCAGUACGUUUGGGAGAGCACAAUUUAGAUACGGAGAAGGACUGCCAGGAAUUGGGCGGACAAAGUGUGUGUAUUCCGCCUUACGAGGAGUAUGGAGUACAGGAAGCAAUCGUGCAUCCCGAUUACGUUCAUGGCAAUAUCCAUUAUGACAUAGCCAUCAUCAAGCUAAACCGACAGGUGAAGCCAAAAUGGCACAUUAAGCCCGUAUGCCUGCCGAUCAAUGAGCAGUCACAAAGUCUAUCCUACGACCAGAGCUUCUUCGUCGCCGGAUGGGGAAAAACGGACAAAACGGAUGCCCCCACCACGCUCCAUCGAACUCUUAUAACCCGAGCGAAUCUAGACGAGUGCCGGAUGUUUUACAACAAUACCGAUGUCAAUGACAAGCACAUUUGCGCCAAGGGGAAGGAUAUCAAGCACACCUGCAAAGGAGACUCCGGAGGUCCGGUAUUCUUCAAGCACCCCUUCGGGAAUACCUACCGCACUGUCCAGUACGGAGUAGUCUCCUUGGGCGGAAACCAAUGCGGCGUGACCAAGAGACAGCCGGGGAUCUUUGCUAGCGUCAUCGCCAUGUUGCCGUGGAUCACCCAGCAACUCCUGUAG